AUGAGCCACUCGGCGGUUUCUUCGGGGGGCAGCCACACAGGCGGCACGCGGCACGCGGCAGGUGACAGGCGGGAGGUAAGGCAGGUAGGGAAGGUGCGGGUCGUAUACAGCACCAAGGCCAAGAGGGGAAGGAGUUGGGGAAGAGGGAAGGAGAAGGAGCAGGAGCAGGAGGAGCAGGAGGAGCAGGAGGAGCAGGAGGAGCAGGAGGAGCAGGAGGAGCAGGAGGAGCAGGAGGAGCAGGAGGAGCAGGAGGAGCAGGAGGAGGAGGAGGAGGAGGAAGGAGGAGAGGGCGUCCAGGUAGAAGACUGA